GCUGGGAAAGGGCUGGGCCUGGAGAAAAGGAGGCUCAGGAGGGAUCUUUUCACCCCACACCUCCCUGACGGGAGAGCGGGGCCGGCUGGGGCCGGGCUCUGCUCCCAGGGAACACCGGCAUGAGAAGGAACAGCCCCAGAUUCCUCCAGGAGAGGUUCAGGAUGGACAGCAGGAGGAAUUUUUCCAUGGAAAGGGCUGUCAGGCUUUGGAGCUGCUCAGAGGUGGUGACGGAGGAGGAAAAUCCCCAUUUAUUCCCAGAAUUCUCCCCCAGUCUGGCACUCAGAGGUUUCCACGCUUGGAUUAGCUCUGGCAAAGUAUAAAUUCCCCCUAAUUUGGCAUCUCCACCUUUAUUUCCCCGCUCCUGGCAGCUUGGAGAUGCCCAAGGAUGAGCUGCCCAACCACAACUGCAUCAAGCACCUGCGCUCGGUGGUGCAGCAGCAGCAGACCCGGAUCGCCGAGCUGGAGAAGACCUCGGCCGAGCACAAGCACCAGCUGGCCGAGCAGAAGAGGGACAUCCAGCUGCUCAAGGCCUACAUGAGGGCGAUCCGAAGCGUCAACCCCAACCUGCAGAACCUGGAGGAGACCAUCGAGUACAACGAGAUCCUGGAGUGAGUGCGGGAAAGAGGGGAAUUGGUGGGGUUUGUGAGGGAAAAUUGUCAUUUUCUGAGGGAAAUUAAUUGUUUUCUGAGGGAAAAUCGUAGUUUUGUGAGGGAAAAUUGUCGUUUUUGAGGGAAAUUUGUAAUUUUGUGAGGAAAAUUCGUCAUUUCUUGAG